UGAACAUUUAAAAGCAAGCUUGAUGGAACUCCUCCCUAUAUUAACUUUUCCAACAUCAACAGCCCUUUAUUGUCCCCAUGGGACGGCCCUCUUUUAAAACGUCCUGGAUGCGCCCCUGUCUUGUGCUUAACAUGUCCUCAAAGUUUUCUUCACGGGACGGUCUCUCUAAGUAAUGUAUUCAUGCGCAUUCAGAGGAGAGAAACUGUUGUUUUAAGGAUUUUGAAGCUCAGGUGCCGCUUUGCCUCCUCAUCCUCGCCGCUGGGACCCAGCCGGACUCCCUGAUUGGCCGGUGCGCAGCGGUGAUGUCACCGCCUGCCUAGCUGUCCCAGUCCGGUGAGGCAUCAGGCGCAGAUCCGCGCGGGAGCUCCAGAUGGAGUUGACGCGCGAUGGGAUAAGAGCUGCGGGUCUUCUGAUGAACUCGAACUGUGUGGGCUCAGAGUGCAGCUGCAGCCCGUCAUGGGGGACGGCGGCGCGUCUUCGCCGGUGAACCUCCACAACGGCACCGGGAGCGAGGCGUCCGACGCGUCGGGCUCCGCUGCGGCCGCGUCCGAGCACUGGCUGGCCGGGAUGAGCCUGGUGAUGGGUCUGAUUGUCCUGUCCAUCGUGUUCGGGAACAUCCUGGUGAUCGUGGCUAUAGCCAAGACGCAGCGGCUGCAGACGCUCACCAACGUGUUCAUCGUGUCGCUUGCGAGCGCGGACCUCAUCAUGGGGCUUCUGGUUGUGCCAUUUGGCGCGGCGCUGGAGGUGCGCGGCUCCUGGAUGUACGGCUCGUUCUUCUGCGAGUUCUGGAUCUCCGUGGACGUGCUCUGCGUCACCGCCAGCAUAGAGACUCUGUGCGUAAUCGCCAUCGACAGGUAUGUGGCCAUCACCUCACCUUUCCGCUACCAGAGCUUGUUAACCAAAGCCCGCGCCAGGGCGAUGGUGUGCGUGGUGUGGGGCAUCUCCGGGCUGGUCUCCUUCCUCCCCAUCCUCAUGCACUGGUCCCGCGACAGCGUGGACACCGCCUGCUACGAUGACCCCCACUGCUGCGACUUUGUGACCAACAGGGCUUACGCCAUCUCCUCAUCCAUCAUUUCUUUCUACAUUCCGCUCCUGGUCAUGAUUUUUGUUUACGCGCGGGUGUACAGAGAGGCCAAAAAGCAGCUGAGGAAGAUCGACAAGUGCGAGGGCAGGUUCCACAACACCCUAACCGGACUGACCUCCAAGUGCAAGAAGAGGCCGUCGAAGAUCCUGGCGCUCAGAGAGCAGAAGGCGCUCAAGACUCUGGGCAUCAUCAUGGGGACGUUCACCUUGUGCUGGCUGCCCUUCUUCAUCGUCAAUGUGGUGCGGGUGUUCUGCGCUGAGAUGGUGGACAAGAACCUGUUUGUGUUCCUGAACUGGUUAGGCUACGUGAACUCCGCCUUUAACCCGAUCAUCUACUGCCGGAGUCCGGACUUCAGGAAGGCCUUCAAGAGGCUGCUGUGCUGCCCGAGGCAGGCGGACCGCCGGCUGCACAUCAGCUCCUGCGACCUGUCGCGGUGCUCCGGCGGCUUUGUUUCCGCUCUGGAGCCCGGUACGCUGGAGAUGUGGUCGGACUGCGCCGCCCUGGACAACAGCGACACCAGCUUGAUGGGGACUGGGAAACUGCCUCACUCUGAGUCCCAGAUGUGAAGGAAAAUAUUGAAAUUAACUUAUUGUUAUUGCUUAAAAAAAAAAAAAAAAAAAAACCUUCAGCCUGUGCGAAUAAAAACCAAAAUGCAUCCAAAUCGAUCGUCAUUUUGGGACAGGUAUGCGGAAUUUCCUUUAAGGUGUUUUCAAAAAUGUAGAAGAAAUUGACGAAGUUUGGAAAAUCCUACAGAACCAAAUACUUUUAGUAUAUAAAAAAUCUAAAAUCCAAAUUUGCCAAAAAGAAAAAAACAAGAAGGUAGUACGCUUUUGUUAUAUUUUUUUAAAACAAUUAUUUAGUUACUAAAAUAUUGUGUUUUUUGUUUUGUUUUUUUACUCUAAACGUAAUGGAUAAAUUAGCCGAUUUAUAUCUGGAGAGCAUUUUAAAAUAAUCCCAACAGAGCCGGACCAAGGCAGUAGCGACCUAAGCUGCUGCUAUACACUCCCAGGCCAACAGGGGGCUCUCAACGUACAACAUUUGUUUCUGAAUUUAAAAUUAUUUAAAUUCGUUUUUAUAAAUUUCUUUACAACUCAUGAAUUUAUCAUCUGUUACAAGUGCUUUUUUUUAAAUGUAAUUUUUCUGCAAAAGCAAACAUUUAAAGACUUUCCAUUUGUUAUUAUGAAAGUGCAUCAUGUAGGCUACUUUUAUCAUUUUCUCCAACAGUUUCUGAAUUUUAAGUUGAAAAGAAGAAGAAAGUUUUGUUUUAGAUGUA